AUGAAUCCAUCAUCGUCGUACCCUCCUUCGCGUAACGAAUUCGAUCAAUAUCUAGGUCGAUCAAGUUCUUCUGGAGGAAAGCAGUUUGACAAUACCGAUGAUCUCGUGGCUUGGAUAUACCAACAUGCACAAACAUUGCAAAAUGGAUCAAACGAUCCUGUGAUGAAAUUUUGUAGUGAUUCGUCUAACCCGAUGUCAUUACUACCGGUUGUUCGUUCAUUGGAACCACCCAUAUUUGAUCAAGCCAACGUUGAUAAUGACGCAGUUACAAAAAUGUUUGAUAGAAAUCAAGAUUCAAAUGCAUAUGCGCAAAGCGAACUAAUUUAUGAUGUAAUUUCUGAUAUAAAUUGUGAUUUUGGACUUGUUGAAAUGGCCGAUUGCAUACCUACUAUUCCAACACCUACACCAGAUUUUGAUCUAUCACCAUCAUCACCACCUAUGAAAAAACCUCGGAAAAGAAAACAAGAUCGAGUACGAUCAAAUUUGCCACAAACAAAUGUACGUGAAUGGUAUGUCAUGGAUGGGAUCACUGGAAGACAACGUAGACCCUUAUUACAUGAAUUUCUUCGGCAAUUGCUUGAUAAUCCAAAUUAUUCUUAUGUUGCUGCAUAUGUUGAUAAAAGGAAAGGCAUUUUUAAAUUUUAUGAGAAAAGUACUGCCGCUGAAUUAUGGCAACACGUCAAGGGCCGAAAUUCAGAUAGAGUAAUGACAUAUGAUAAAUUAGCACGAGCUAUUCGUUAUUAUUACAGCACUGGAAUAAUACGUCCAACUCCAGGACGUUUUACAUUUGAGUUUGGCAUUAUAUUGGCAUUUAAUAAACGUAGUCCUAUUGAAAUAGCUCAAGCAAUAAAAAACUUUGAUUUCGAAAUGAUUUCAAUCGAACUCGUACAACAUUUAAUUCAAUAUAUACCUAAUGAUAUCGAGAUCGAUGCUUUUCGUCAUUUAUCUAUUGAUAAAGAAAAAUUACCUCCAACGGAUCGACUAAUGUAUGAGAUUAUUCAAAUACCAUUUUAUACGGACCGAUUAAAUACAUUAAAAUUUAAACUAAUCUUUGCUGAUAAUUAUCAUUUAUUAAAAGAUCAAAUGCAUCUAAUAAAUGAAGCUAGUUGCUUUUUAUAUCAAUCAAAGCAUAUUAAAAAAUUACUUGAAAUCAUACUUUCUGUAGUUAAUCAUUUAAAUCCAACAGCAACACAGCGAAUUCUUACACUUGAUGAUUUGUCAAAAAUAUGUGAUUUAAAGACAUCAAAAACACGUAUACCAAUAAUGAGUAUUGUUUCAGAAAUAUGUAAUGAUCAUCAUUCAGAAAUAUUUGGUCUUAAACAAAAUUAUAAAUUAAUUUUAUCUGCAAGCAAAAUCGAUUUAGAUUUAAUUAAAUCUGGAAUUGACGAAAUAAAACAAGAGUUUGAACAAAUUCAAUUAUGCAUAAAUAAAUUCGAAGAAAACAUAGAAAUUCAAAAAUUUGUUUCUAAUUGUCAAGAAACAUUACAUGAAAUAGUUCGAUAUUAUCAAAUAACAAAUGAUCAAUUUCAUAAAACUCUUUCUUAUUUUACUAAGGAAAUAACACCAUCAACUAGGUUGACCAAUUCUAUUACAGGUUUAUUAUUCACUGGGAUUGGUAUUGGUAUUGCUGCAUUCUUUAUGAAAAAAUUUAAAAAGAAUAAACCAAAUGUUUAUGCACGGGCACGCAAACCUGCACCUCGUAGAGAACGACCUUUCAGUCCGACUGAAUUAAAUUCACUUGAUGAUUCAUUUAGUGGUACAACUGGAACAGGUCUCGUUGGAAAAUAUGACACACGUGUUAUUUCAGCUGCGUCAGCAGACGAUAUUGGUGUAUCAGAUCCUAAUGAAAUAUUUGCUCAAGCAACUCUUCAAGCAAUCAAUGGUUUUCGCCGUCGAUAUGAAGCUCAACCAUUAGAACUUAAUGAUCAAUUAUCUGAAAUAGCUCAACGUUGGGCAGAACAAAUGGCUAGUACUGGUAAAUUAGAACAUAGUCCAGCUGAGUGGCGUAAUUUAGGACGACAAACACUUGGAGAAAAUUAUGCUGCAUCAUUUCAAGCUGAAUUAACAGGAGAAAAAAUGGUCAGAAAAUGGAUGAAAGAAGGAAAACGAUAUAUGUUUGGUUAUGAUGGACGUAAAGAUACGGAAAAUUUUACACAAUUAGUUUGGCGAGCAUCACGAGAAAUUGGUGUUGGAAGAGCUCGAUCUGAUGAUGGAAAUUGGUGGUAUGGUGUUGUUAUCUUUGAUCCUCCUGGUAACAUUCCAAAUCAAUAUGCAGAUAAUGUUCAUUUACCAGCUGAAAUAAAAUGA